GUGUCUUCAGUACGUCUUUGUCUUUCUUCAGCUACCGAUGUACGCGGACGUACGUAAAUCGCUACGCAGUUCUCGACAUAAGGAAGCUGGAAGGCGGAUAGCUAUAUAGCAAAAAAAAAAUAAAUAAACCUAGUGCAAAACAGAAAUCCUUGCUCCUCGAACAAAAGAAAUCGCGCAAUUAGAGAAGGUGAACGUUGCUGUUGUUUCGCUAAUACUUUCGCACUUGUGUAUCGUGAACAAUUCGUGUGACGUGAACGAGUUCCCUAGUGAUCCAAGAUCUAGGAGAUAGAUGCAUUCCUAAAUUGUGAAUGUCUCGGUGUCGCGUUAUCGAUUGUCGUCCGUGUUUCCUGUAGUUUAUCGUCGUCGUGGCCGUCAAAGCAGUCGCUGACGAAAACAUGAAAUAAAUUAAAAAUUCAACCAAUACACAAGGGAGAGAAAGAAACGCAGAAAGGCCAUUCGAAAGAAGUGCUAUGAUAUAAGAGUUAGGAAAGCAUCUAAAAGGCGAGAUGAAAUGAAGCUGCCAAGAUGAAGUGGUAAUAAGAAAAAAAUACAAGCAGCAAAGAAAAUCGAUCUCCUAGCAAUCAAAGGGGUCUUACGCUCUUUGCUCACGUGCGCGUGUGUUUGAGUGAGAUAUUUACGCUACAUGCGUGAUUGUGAUUGUGCUAGUGCUGCACGUCCUCUCUCGCGCAUUUUGCGACUGGCGAGGUAUUUAACGUGUGCGGAAAACCAAGAAGAAAACGAAGAGCGUAUGUUUUGGUGAAGAAGGUCACCAGCGAGUCACGAUUGUGUAUAUUUUUUUUCUGUGUACGUCCGAAUCGUCCACUCCACGAAGUGGACUGUGUGUAUCAAUAUUUUAUUUUACGUUUACCUCACCGUAUGCUCUCUCCUUCUCUACAACCCCCUUCACGCUUCGAAAGGGGUUAUAUUCUAUUUAUUCUCCCCUCGAGCUACCAAUGUGUGCUCGGUGUGCUGUGAAAAAAUGGCUUUGAGAAAAUUGUAAAUAACUACCCAAACGAACCAGCUCGGACAACAACGGAGCGAAAAUAAAAUCUACGCCGAAAAAUUGCCAAUUGUAAUUGAGGUAUUGUGCAAUCGGUGAGCAAUUUGGCAACAUGAGCGAGAAAACAUCCAAUGGCCUCGGCUGCAGCAACGGUGAUAACAGCAGUGCCAAUGGCUGUGGUAAACAAUCGCAACAACCACAACAACAACCACCACAGCCAGAUGCAUCCACAGGUGCUGAAUCGUGCUGCAGCGGCAGCAACAGUAGAGCGUCCAGCAGCAUGGGAGGUUCUACCAGCCAACUGGAGGUCAUCGGGAAACCCAAAGGACUGAACGAUAGUCUGCAGCAGCAGUUUUGUCGCUUUGCGGAUUACUUUGUCAUCUGCGGUUUGGAUUUGGCGUCUGGACUUGAGAUGGACCUGUUUGCAGGUGACAGUCUACACUGCUCCCCACUGGACCGGGCCUACAAGAGUAUAGCAUUGGCACACUAUCCGGAACAUGUGGCGUGGAAUCCAUUCGAUGCACAUGGAAUCUGCAUGCUUUCGUUACCUCAAGGGCUGCGGUUUCGAACGCAGAAACACAAUAUCGAACCACGAUUCCACGCGUUCGCCACGACCCGGGAGGACGGUAAGCGGUGCUACGGGUUUAGCUUAGUGUUCUACGAGGAAGUCCGCAGCCGAGAUAUCUGCAAUGCCAUGCAUACGCUACAGUCGAUGUUCAUAACGGAACUGUCGACUUCACAGCAACCUCCCCCAGGAACGCUGCGACGGGUUAAGGAAAAUCCCGUCAGUCGGUCCUUGCCACGACAGUUCAAGAUAGCCGCACAAGCUCACACGUCCGCACUUGGUUACUACGACAUUACCAAGGAUAAACUGUACGUGGCGAAGAGUGUAUCGCUCGUCUGUCAGGUGCCGUAUGCUCACGUCGCUGAGCUCUAUCUUAGGAAUCUCUACAAGUGUCUUCCCCGCCACCCCGGUUCUCGGUUGAGUCUCGAGAGCUACGUGUACAACAUUCUGUACGAAGUGUCCACACCCCCUCCAGGGAAAUCCAUCCGAAUAUACAUACCGCCGGAUGAUCCCCAUCUACCUCCUAUAGCCACCAUUCUGCAACGACCUGCCCUCAAGGACGAACUGCCUUUCAUGGAUUUCCCACUGAGACUGCUGUUCACCUACCUAAGCGUAGACUGCGUAAUUCAACUGUUCACCUGCGUACUCCUCGAAAACCAAGUACUCCUCCGAUCUUCCGACUAUCAGAAACUCACCAUCAUAGCGGAGUGCAUCACUUCGCUGCUCUUCCCCUUUCAAUGGCAACACGUGUACGCUCCGAUCCUUCCCGUUUCCCUCCAUCACUUCCUGGAUGCUCCGGUUCCCUUCGUCAUGGGUCUACAUUCCGAUUCCGAUAGCAGUGUCCGCAUCGGAAGUGAAGCAAAUCUCUGCUACGUAGACGUCGACAAGAAAUCAGUCCAACUUCCGGAAGAACUGCCGGCCUUUCCACACCGACAUGACUUCAUCGGGGAGAUCACUGCCGUUCUCGACAAGUACCAAGUGCCUCGGGAUCGCUCGCUGGAUCCACCCUCUAUUCUCAGUCCAAAGAAUCUCCUCAAGGAUCAUGACAUGAUGACGACUAGCUGUACCCUGCCCUCGGGAAUGCACGUCCGACGGAAGCACUCGUUACACGACGUACUGGAUUGGGAUCGCCCGAAUUCCCCGGAUAUACCGCUACCACCGACGGCCGUUCCCGCCCGACCGGACGUCCGACAACGGAUCGUGGACAUUGUCCGUCGAAGCGGUGGCGACGAGGUCGAUUCCGGUACCACCGAAGUCAUGCCCAGCACAAAGCAAAAGCAACCGCUCAACACUCUGGAACAGUACUACGAAGAUCUGAGACUGAACAACUCAAUCCGGGAGAUUUUCCUCAAUCGGUUCGUCCAAAUGUUUGCCGCAUACGAACACUUUGUGAUUCUACCGAAUCAGGACCGGGAAGACUGGCUAAGUAAUCGUGAAUCUCUACACAACUUUGAUAAGGCGUCGUUUCUCUCGGAUCAACCGCAGCACCAUCGGCCGUUUCUGUCGCAAUUCCUCGAGAGUCAGAUGUUCGUUACGUUGAUCGAUAACAAGAUCAUGCUCGCGUGGGGAGACGAUGGUUCGCUGCUGGACAGUCUAAACGGGGACGUGGAGUACAAUCUGAAGCUGUUUGACAAUCGUAUCAAAAUUCUCAGGAAACGCUAUGGUGGCGAAAGUAUGAUCCGCACCGCCAACUACGAACCGUGCAUUCUGGCCAGGGAAACCCAGAAGCUGCUGGACAAACGGCUCGGCAGCGUCGACAUGGAGGUGGCUCCACCGAGUGAGAUUCUGGACAAACGACCACCAUACUACCGGAGCUUUCCGCUGCUGGAGAAGAGCGUGCUCAACCAGGAGUGCGCUUCGAGGGGUAGCAGUCUGCGGCGGGUCAAGAAUGGCAGUUCCAAGUGGAAAGUGAAGGAAAUCUCCCUGGACGGCGGCGGCAGUGCAGGAGGAGUUGGAAAUAAGGAGAACGACGGUGGUAACAAGUCGAACCGGAAUUCGGCGAAUCUGUCCGGCACGGAGAUCAGUCCGGCUCUUUUGGCACAAGCGAACUGGACUUUUGUGGAGAAGUUGUUGAAGGACUGCAAAAGCAAAACCAAACGAAUGCUGCUGGAGAAGAUGGGUACGGAAGCAAUCGAACUGGGUCUUAGCGGAGAAACAUCCGUCACCGGAGUGGAGGAGAACACGAUGAUCGCUUCGCUGUGUGAUCUCAUGGAGAAGGUGUGGUCCCAUGGAGUGGUGAACAAACAGGGUAAAUCAGCUCUCUGGGCCCACCUGACGGCCUAUUUGGACAGCAAGGAUAAGACACAGGGCAAACAGAAUGGCAACAAUUACCUUUCGCCUGCUAGCUGCACUAGCCCAAAAUCAAGCUUCACUAGCAAUGGUAAACCUACUAGGCUCACCAUUAGUCCCACUGCAUCACCCAACAGCAAUAGUAGUAACGGUGGUAGUCCCAACACUAGUAACACUAGCAGUAAGAUCAAGUUUAACAGUAUUAUCCGGCUGAAGCGUACCCUUAAGAAACCCCCGACGGUGGCCCACCGCAAUGAGCCCAUUUCGUUGUCCUCACCGGAAAUGUCACCUACCUCAGCCAGUCGACUCAGUAACUUUGUCCUACCCAGUAUCAUUGCGAAUUUGGUGGGUAACCGAUACGUCAGCGUAUCCAGCUCUGGUAGUAUCAACGACCUUUCGGCACUGGCCAUUGAACCAGAGCUGUACUCGUCGCCAACGCGAGGUCGCUCCAAGUCACGGGAUCGCAAAAGUUUGGGACCUGAACAGUUACGUCCACUACCUGAAUCUCUGGAAUUCGACAUAAGGAACAUACAAGCCAUGACGGACAUCAAAACCCACAUCGGUUACGCCCGGGCUUGGGUACGGCUUGCAUUGGAGAAGAAACUACUGUCGCGUCAUCUACGCUCACUUCUCACCGAUACACCUCUUCUGCGGCAGCUCUACAAGCGAUCCGCUUUCGUGCGAAGUGACGAUGAAGUCGAACAGUUCCUUUACCAUUUGCUGACACUGAACGCGGUGGAUUACUUUUGCUUUACCAACACGUAUCCCACUACCAUGCUGCCGUAUCGGGUUGUAAUUUUCCCUUCGAAGAAGGGCAGUGCAGCUACCACUUCGGCAAACGUGUGGAUUGCCAUCUCGGGAACGCUGGGCGAAACGCAGCUGAUCAACGUUCCACGGCAUUCGUUGGAGUUUGUGUUUCAUCAUAAAACCUUGGGUAUACUAACCUCACUACGGGUCGGUCAUGACGACACUGGAAUGUCCUCCAAAUGGCUGGUGGAGCACGUGGUCGUCAGGAACGAAGUUACUGGACACACUUACAAAUUCCCUUGCGGUCGAUGGCUGGGCCGAGGCAUCGACGAUGGCUCCAUCGAACGGUUACUGAUCGGUCAACUGAUACCGCGAACCGUAGACAGUGAAGAGCUGGUAGAAGCUUGUCGUACUCCACCGCGAACCCGUAGCCCUAGCAUACAGCGACCGGAAGUCCGUCCCUCGGAUAUCCAGCACAUGCUGGGAGACUGCGUCAACGCAAUCGUCAAGUGGCACUACCGACCCAGUCGCGAACGGGACGCCAGUUCCCUCACGAACCUCCUAUGCGGUGAAAACGGACUGGUCAAGUGUCUGGAACAGGCAUUCCUCUGUGGCUUCCGCUCGCAACGGUUGUUCGGCCGGAACCUCUAUCUUUGGGAUUACUUUAUACGGGUAAAGGAACAGUUCGAGGCCAGCUUGGUAGAAGAGACUGUCGAAAUGGUCCGCGGUGGAGGGUCAGCCAGCAAUUCACCUCCAAACAGUGGAUCCAGCCCAGAAUCUCCGCCACAGGCAUCCACGACACCGCUUCCUCCCGUGGCAAAACAUGAACUUUUGGCUGUAUGGCGGUGCUACUGCCAUCUGAUGGACGAGAUCAACAACGUUAAACAGACCCUCGGGAAAGACGGUCGCUUUCAAUUGUUUAUCUGUUUGAGCAUACGGGAACACCUCCUGCAUCGGAUGCUGGUCCCAAUGGCGUACACCCGUGUCACCACCGAGAUGUACGAAGAACAGAGCUUCAUGCGCAAGAAGGGUCUACUGACAUUCCUUAGGCAGAUCCUGGAACCACUGGAUGAAUUCCACAUAGUGCUGGAGAACUCGAUCACUCAGGGAAUCGGAUCUCACUGUUGAACAAAAAUUGGUUGUAAAGCAUGGUGCGAAAGCAAAAUUCUGAAUAAACAUAAUACUCACUAGUGGUUAGUUUCCUCCCCGAAGAAACUCAUUUCUGUUUAGGAUACCUAAUUUUUUACCUAAUUUAAACGACUCAUGAACUGACACGUAACCGCAACUGAAUAAUCGAAAUCGAUGGCCAAAGAUUAUUAGAGCAAUUUUUUGUUCCUGAGAUGUUAUUCAUAUUACUAUUAUUAUUAUUAUUUUCGAACAUUGGUUUGAUUUACGUUAUAGUUUUGUAUGUUUUUAGUGAAACUCGUUGAUUUGCUGUAGUUUGUAAUAAUUACGUUUAGGUUUUUAUGUUAAAAUCUAACAGAAAAGAAAAUCAAGUUUGUGCCAAAACUCAGCUGGAAAGAAGUGAAAACAUUAAAUUCUAACUCCAUAACUUUCAUUAGCGUGGCUAUGAAUAAAAAAACAAAAAGAGUGAAAAAUUGUAGAAACUAGUGCUUAUAGUUUAUCAUACUUUAAAAAUACAGCAGCUACCAGGGCGGUAAGUCCCAACGGUUGAAUGUGUGAUACUAAAAUGCGACUUGCAAUGACAAACCAAAUUGUAGUUUAGUUUAAGGCUUAUUCACGCAGCGAACAAAUGAUAUUCACCGCAUUCACUGAGCAAUCCUCUAGAGCAACUAGCAUCGAUAUUAGUCAAAGCAUUACCGAUUCAUUAGUCAUUGGUGGAAACAGAACAACAAUAUUGGAAUUACUUAGCUAAAAAAAAUUAUCGAAACUUUCAGUUAUGCCGUCUUCGGAAGAAGUAAAGGUGCACAUCAAAUCCAACAGGUUGGAAUUCAUUCUAGUAACCUCCAGUGAAAUUUAUCAAACCAGUUCAAAGUCCAAAAAGGAGACUAUCAGCUUGAAUUGCAUUUCAUGAUCUUGCAAAUACGGGAAAUUAAUUUUAUCUCAAAACUAAUUGUGGUAAACGGUGUUGAAAGCAUUUUCUCUUACACGCACGCACCUUUUAAUUGAUAUAAUUAUUAUGUAUGUGUUCGUUGUAGCGCUGGCAGUAGGCAGAAUAUUAGAUUUAAGUUUUUGUGGUGGAAAGCCAUGUGAAGAUAUUGUCCAUAACUGUAAACAAGGAAUACUGAAAAUAAAUUUAUUUCAAUCCAAA